GUUUAUCAUCGCCUCCCCGUUCAAACUUGUUGGCGCGAACUUUUGCAGAUGCUGAGUUGACAUGAGUAAUACGGCGUCAACAUUACUUUUAAAGAAGCAAUUAUGUGAACUUAGCAAGAGCGCAACAGAAGGGUUCUCAGCCGGCUUAGUGGACGAUGAAAAUAUUUUCAAGUGGCAGGUUUUGAUUAUGGGGCCACCGGACACACUAUACGAGGGUGGCUAUUUUCGCGCAGAACUUGAUUUUCCUCAAGACUAUCCCAAUCGGCCCCCUAAAAUGAGGUUCGUAACAGAAAUUUGGCACCCAAAUAUUUCACCAACUGGCGACGUCUGUAUAUCUAUACUGCAUGAGCCUGGAGAAGACCGUUGGGGAUAUGAGCGCCCGGACGAGCGGUGGUUGCCAGUCCAUACGGUGGAGACUAUCAUCACAUCCGUUAUUUCGAUGCUUGCCGAACCUAACCCGGACAGCCCGGCUAACGUCGAUGCAGCGAAGGAAUUCCGUGAGGAUUUUGCGGAGUUCAAACGCAAGGUCUGCCGUUGUGUCCGAAAAAGUCAAGAACAUUUCGAGUGA